GAUCAGUACGGUUCAAGAGCAAGUUAAUGAUUUCAGAAUUGUCGUGUAUGCAUUUUUAUGACUAUGGUCCUUUAUGACGAACGGGGCGCAUACUUCGCCCAUGCACUCUCAGAUGUGAAUACUACUGGAUGGCCACAGGAUCAAGUUCGAAUCGAGGAGGGAAAACCAAAACAUACUCCAAAUCACCACCCGGGGAACAACAUUCUCAGUUCUCCACCCUUGGCCUUCGAGGCUAAUGUGACAUCUCAAAAGCAGAAUCUCCCUUCCCAAGCUCAUCAGUCGUCUGUUAACGGCGUCUUGAGAACUUUUUUUACUGCAUCACCAGAACAAGAACCCAUAAGAUACGGAGAUUAUUUCCCAAUUUCCGAGAAUCAGGGUCCUUUAUCUUUUACCAAUGAAAGUCAAAAUUACCCAGAAGCAACUCAGCAGUCAAUAACUUCAAUCAGAAAUGAUCUUGCAAGUCAAUAUAGAAAGGUAAGCUACACACAUAGUGCUGCGAGGAAAGAGGUACAGGCGUAUAUCCCUGAUCAAGAGAGGCAGCAACGGGAGCAACUUUUCCAACAGGAGCUACAUCAACAGCGAUUCCACCAACAACUAAAUCUGACCCAAAUACAAGCACGAGUACAGUUAGAAAGGAUAAAAGAACAGGAAUUUCAACAGAAGGAACUGAAACAACAGCAUCAACAGCUCCAGGAAUUUCAAGAACAGCCAAAAUCAUCAGAUCUAGUACAAGACGACAUUCUGCCCUUUCUUGAAGAUAUAUUGCUACACAGUAAUUCCAUGUUCAAAACUCCGCCUACAACCUCCUUGCCUAACAUGCCUCCAAACGAGACUCAAGGUAGCCCUCAAGUGCAGCCGAUUGAUCAAAAUAGAGACACCAAUAAAGAAUGGGCCUCUCUAUUGCCUUGCUCCAUCUCGCAAGAAGAAUCAAACCUAUCAAGGUCAACGUCCCGGGCAAGUGAAGCAAGUUUAAACUCUAGAGAAUCUAACACUCCAGUUUGUAAUCGAAUCUCGGAGAGUCAAGUCAGUUGCAGGAAUUCACAUGAAAUUUCUUAUCAAGACUCUGGAUUUCUACAUCAUAAGGUGGCAAACAAAACCUGGAAUGUUCCUGCAGAUACCAGAUCUGCCAACUUUAGAGAUAUUAAUCAUUUAGAAGAGAUGAUAAAGUUUACUGGUACUUUACCAGCUCCUCGAGCGCCAGCACGUGGAAGACCGCGUGGUUCGAAGAAUGGCGUUAAAGCAACACGUAGUGCUGCAAAAUCUACUAGAGUUCCUGAUUAUAAGAAAGAUGGUAGAAAUAAGUCGGUAUUUCAAGAUGUUUCUCAAUAUCCCGGAUAUCAUCAGUUCUCUUCGGGAUAUGCUCAACAGUAUCAGUGCGCACAAAAAUCUGAACAAUACGCACAACCUUAUCUUUCGCUUAGGUACCCUCCACAUUUACCUGAAUAUCCCGAACUUUCACCUGAAUAUCCCGAACCUUUACACGAACAUCCCGAACAUUUGCAUGAACGUCUCGAACUUAUACAUGAACAUCCCAGACAUUUACAUGAACAUCCUCAAUAUUCUGGAUAUCCGACACUAAUUUCUGGUUCGAGUCAACAACAGCUUUCAGGGUAUACGAAGCAAAUUUCUAAACCAGAUUCUAGACAACAUUCUAGACAGGUUCCUGAACCUGCUCACCAGUUUCCGCAACGUAUGCAUCAGUUCUCAGAAAGCAUGCAACACCUGCCACGAAACAUACAACAUCUGCCACGAAACAUCCAACAGUUUCCAACACAAUAUUCUCAACAUUUAGAACAGCAGCUUCUUCAGCAUACACGACAACCUCCUCAGUUUCCUGAAGAACUUUUUAAAUAUGCUCGACCACUUCUGGAAUAUGCUCAAGUGUCUGAAUGCCGUCGUCAUCUUCCUCAAUAUGCUGAUGAGCUUCUAGCAUAUAAUCACCAAUUAAUUAGUCAAGCUCAAGAUCAUCUUGGAUUUACGCAGCAAUUCCCUAUCUACAUUCCACAAAUGUCUUCCCAGACUAAACAAUUUGUUGGACCAGGUCAACAACUUUCUUCUCCAGAUCAACAACUCUUUCAUCAAAAUCAACAACUUCCUGUUCGAAAUCAGCUUCUUCUUCAGGGUCAACAACUUUCUGCUCAAAGUCAAAAAGCCCAUGUUCAAAUUCAACAAGCCCAUGCUCAAAUUCAACAAGCCCAUGCUCAAAGUCAACAUGUCCAAGCUCAAAGUCAGCAGCAACCCCUUGCUCAAAGUCAGCAAGCCCAUGCUGAAAGUCCACAUGUCCAUGCUCAAAAUCAACAAUUUCUUGUUCCGCUUCAACAACUUCCUGUCCAAAGUUCACAAACUCCUGCCCAACGUCAACAAUUUUCCCCCCAAAAACAAUUGCCUAGCCCAAAUAAGCCAUUUUCUGGAAAACUCCAACAUCUUCUAGAAGGUAGACACCUUCCUCAAAGUGCACAGCCUCAACACCCUCCUCAAAGUGCACAGCCUCAACACCCUCCUCAAAGUGCACAAACUCAACACCCUCAAGGUGCGCAACCUCAACACCCUCAAAGUGCAGAACCUCAACACCCCUCUCAAAUUGCACAGCCUCAACACCUUCCUAGUGCACUACAACGUCUUUCUAGUCCAUCAGAACCUUUCUCUGGUUCAGUCAUCUCUACUAUGGAAUAUCGUCCAGAAAAAUGCCAAAAGUUUUUAACAACCUCUCCUAACCUCCAAGAGCAAAAAUAUCCUCCAAAUACGCCAGAAGAUUCAAGUGGACCCACUCGUGCAACACCUUUUUUUCGUUCCUGGCAUAUCCCUGAAGUUAUACCGCUUUCGGAAAGCAGCACUGAAUCGGAACAUGUAAAAAGUCCCGUAGUUCAACAAACUGAAGAAAACAAUUCAGAAGAUGCUACGAUGCAAAUCGAGAAGAAUCCCAUGGAAGUUUCUGAUUCCCAAGAAAUUUCAGAACUGGCAUCAGAUGAUGACAUCAAAAUUGUAAGUUGGAUUCCUACAAUGCCAAUGGAUACAGCUUCUCAAAUGUGUGACUUUGAAGAAGAAUUACAAACUACUGGAUUAGAGAACAAUAGAUUACCAGAGAGAAAAGUAUUACCAGAGACGGGCGUAAUACACGAGAGGAGCGUAAUACAAGAGAGAAACGUAUCACAAGAGAGAAACGUAUUACCAGAGAAAAACGUAUUACCAGAGAAAAACGUAUUACCAGAGAGAAACGAAUUAUCAGAGAGUAAUGAAAUACAAGAGAUGAACAUAUUGCAAGAGAGGAACGCAAUACAAGAGAGGAACGAAUUACCAAAGAGGGGUAUAAUACAAGAGAGGAAUAAAUCACCAGAGAGGAAUGAAUUACAAGAGAGGAGCGUAAUACAAAUGAGGAACAUAUUACCAAAGAGGAACGAAUUACGGCAGGCAGAAGCACAAAUGACGAGUGAAAUCAGACAAACGAAUCAAUCCGCGCAGACAAAACAAUUACAAGUUCCAGAAGUUUCCGGUAAACCUUUUGCUUUCGUAGUACCAAUUAGUGGCGGCCUUGUCACAGUCACACCUGUCCUAACACCCGCGCAAAAAUCUCCUUCACUUCGAAAUUUUCCUAGAAGAUUUGAAACUGCAGAAUGGUUACUGAAAUCGCCACCCCGACUUGUGAUAGAUACUCCAGCGGAUACCAGAAAAAGAAAACGAGAAAAGUUGCGCUGGCAUUACAAACCUCGUAAAGGUCUCAGAGCCUCGAUUAAAAGAUACCGAGCCAGAGGAAUUGCCACGCGAUCGCCACCUCCGGAACUUUACUUAAAAGAAGCGGCGAGGAAUGGAGAUUUUAUGGACGAUGAAGAUGAUUACGAUGAAGACGAGGAGGAAGAUUAUCAUCAAGAUGCCGUAAAUAAUAAUCAGAUGACUGUGAGCAAGGAUGCUAAACAUACCGAAACGCAAGAAGACUCAGUGAAGCCCAAAGAGUCAGCAGUGUCAAGAGAAGAAAAUAGUCAUUCUUCAAAACCAGGUAGUGCUCCUUCAGAUAAACUUUGUAAAUCUCCUCACGAAACUGAUACAAACGCAGGGGAUUUACAAAAAAGUAGGAUACACCAUCUAGGGCUUCCUAAUCUGCAGCGCUUAGUACCAAAGGCUGAUCGUCAUAAAUAGUCUACAUAUUUUAUGUAGAAAAUAGAGAAAGCAGAAUGUGUAAAAAGAAGCUGACGAUGAUUUCGAAAAUGUUACUAUUAACGAAUGGUAAUACUAUUUUGAAACUAAGGUGAAAAAGCUUGAAUAUCGAAUCCAUUUCAAAUAAUUCCGAAAAUUAUGGAUCUAUUUGGCUCAAAACUAGCAUCAGGGUUUUUAAAUAUCGUUCGUGCACGUAAAAAUCGGAGACAUGUCUUUUCGUGUCCACACUUAAGAGAUUGAACUUAACUUUGUGGAUUGUAGAACGGUACCUUCUUUCAAAAUUGAUCAACAAUUGGAAAAGUACAAAUUUCAGGGAAAAAAAUGCUAGGCUUUUUUGAGAGAAUGUUCUUUUCCUACUUUCAAGAACUCUUAAUAAGUAACUCUUAAAAAGUAAACAAAAACUGUUAAAAGUGCUUAUUACUUUAAGAAAAUUUAUUUUCUUUAAUCGGGAAAAAUGUGCACUGUAACCCAAAGUGUAGAGCCGACUAUUUGAAAUGGGCUCAUUCAAAAAUAUUUCUCAAUCCUGUUGUUUUACUUAAAUUUUCAAUUAAAAAAUUGUGUUUGUCGUCAGCAACAAUUAUAGUUUUAUUUGCAAAGAACAGACUGAUUUUUUCGAAAGUCUUUAAAACCCUUUUUUAAAGGUUGUACAAUGUACACUCGUAAAAGUGGCAGAUCUAUUUGGGACCCAAGUAUGAAUUGAAAGUAAAUUAACUAUUAGGACAUAUAAUUCUACGAAAUAUUAAUUGCUUAAAUCAAAAUUCAAAUAAGAUUGUAUUUUUAGAUUGAUUUAGAAAAUACUUGCAAAAUAAGUCUAUCUUUAUGUACAUAUUUUUCUUAUUCUAAAGGACUUAGUUCAAAAAAAUGAAAGUAUUAUAACAGAAAUGUGACAAUAAGCUAAGAUGAAAACAUAAGAGUAUAAAUUAAGAUUGUUAAGAAACCAAAGAUGUAUAUAUGAUAUUAAGUAAAUAAGUUAACACCUAAAAUAUAUUUUACUUUAAUAGUAAGAUAUUAUUUCGACGAGAUUGAUUUUAUGCUCUCUAUUUUUUUAGUGCAUUAUAAUCAAAAAACAGUAUUUAAUGCAUAUUUAAUGAAGACAUCAGCCAGAUGUUUUUUUUAAUUUAGUUGAAAUCGCCCUACCGAAGUAAGGCUCUGAACUAAAAUUUAAUAUUUUUUAAAAACUUGAACCGCUCCAGUGUCCUUGUCAGUCUUGAGAUAAGAAAAUCAGAACAUUUUAAAAAUAUACGUUAUACAUGAAUAUAAAAAUUGUGUUUUCAUUUUUAGCAUAAUUGAUUAGCUAAUAAGUAAUGCAUAAGCAAUGAAGAUAAAAUACAUAAUAAAUAAUUAUUAAACAGAUAUUGUUAAUAUUAUUUAAAUACUAAUGUUUAGAAGAAAAGUUAUUUAUUAUUAUUAUUGUUGUAAUUAUUAUUAUACAAUUAAGCAAUAAGCCAAAUCCCUUUCGGGGUAAGCGUAAGUUUCGUUUUAUAAUUUCAGUAUUUUCCGAACGAGCGUAGACAUUCGGGAUUAUCUUUUUUCUUCGAUAACAAUUUUUUUAUUUUUAAAAUAUUACGAAAUAGCAGAAGGUAUUUCUUGUAGAGUUUUUCUAUGCAUGUAAACUUUCGUGUGAACUUUUAUUGUCUUGUUAUUUCGGAGAAAAAUACAUAAAUUCGAAUUUUCGCAAAUAAUUUAUUUUUAGGUGAAGCAGUGAAUUACCAAGAACGAACCUCAGAAUGUAAAUAGGAAAUAUUAACACCUAUCUAAAAAAAAUGUUAAAACGGUAAAAUUUGGAGAAAAAACAUUUUAAAGAAUUAAAAAAACAGUCCUCAUUUUUAUAAAUAAAUUUUUUUUCGAAUCGAUUGAAAAGAGCCGGAGUUCUCAAGCCGGGGAAAAAAACAUCCCGAAUACAUUUGCUCGUUCCGAAAAUACUGCAUUUUAAAAAAAAAAA